AUGGAUAUUUUACAAUUUCCUAUUAACAUGCUGAAUUAUUUCUACGAGAUAUCCGGUGUGGAAGUAGGUCAGCAUUUUUAUUGGCAAAUAGGGGGGUUUCAAGUUCAUGCACAGGUACUUAUAACUUCCUGGAUUGUAAUUGCUGUCUUAUUAGGUUCAGCUACUCUAGCUGUUCGAGACCCACAAAUCAUUCCGAACGGAGCACAAAAUUUUUUGGAAUAUGUUCUCGAAUUUGUUCGGGACUUGGCUAGAACUCAGAUUGGCGAAGAAGAAUAUGGUCCCUGGGUUCCUUUUAUAGGGACUAUGUUUCUAUUUAUUUUUGUUUCUAACUGGGCAGGUGCUCUUUUUCCUUGGGGAAUUAUUAAAUUACCUCAUGGGGAAUUAGCCGCACCUACAAAUGAUAUUAAUACCACAGUAGCUCUAGCUUUGCUCACAUCAGUAGCUUAUUUUUAUGCAGGUUUUACAAAGAGGGGUUUAGGCUAUUUUGGUAAAUAUAUUCAACCAACCCCAAUACUUUUACCAAUUAACAUAUUAGAAGAUUUUACAAAACCUCUAUCACUUAGUUUUCGACUUUUUGGAAAUAUAUUAGCUGACGAAUUAGUAGUUGCCGUUCUUGUUUCCUUAGUACCUAUAGUGGUACCUAUACCUGUAAUGUUCCUAGGAUUAUUUACAAGUGGUAUUCAAGCUCUAAUCUUUGCAACUCUAGCCGCAGCUUAUAUAGGCGAAUCCAUGGAGGGUCAUCAUUAA